AUGUCCUCUUCCUCCUCGUUCGUGUCGGCGGAGGCGGAGACGAGGAACUGGGCGGAGCUGCCGCUGGACGCGAUCUCAUCGAUCCUCCACAAGCUUGACCACGUCGACAUCCUGAUGGGGCCCGGCCAGGCGUGCCGCUCCUGGCGCGCCGCCGCCCGCGACGAGCCCGAGCUGUGGCGCCGCAUCAACAUGCUAGGCCACGCCGAUCUCUCCCGCAGGCUCAACCUCCACGGGAUGGCGCAGGCCGCCGUCCGCCGCAGCGCGGGGAGAUGUGAGGCGUUCUGGGCACCAUCUCUCAAGAGUCUUCGCCUCAUUUCAUGCUAUAAAUUUAGUGAUGAAGCACUUAUGGAGGCGAUAGUGAAAUUCCCUUUGCUUGAGGAGCUCGAGCUUGCAUUGUGUUCAAAUGUGGGUGAGAGUGGCGUGUUGGGGGUUGUUGGCAAAGCAUGCCCACAACUGAAGAGCUUCAGACUGAUUAAGGAUGUGUUGUAUGAUUCUGAAGCUAGUGACUACGACAAGGAUGAUGAAGCCAUGGGGAUUGCAACCAUGCGUGGGCUACGCUCUUUGCAGCUGUUUGGCAAUGACCUGACAAAUAAAGGACUGACAACUAUCCUGGAUAAUUGCUGCCACCUGGAGUUCCUUGACAUUCGUCACUGCUUUAACGUCUACAUGGAUAACACCCUGCGCACAAAGUGUGCUAGGAUAAGCACACUUUGGCUUAUCCUGCCAAAAUUGGGUGAUGUCGGCAUGAGAGAGCAAUUUAUUCGCCCACAAGCAUCUGAUAGGGGAUUUCCUAGAAUAAUAUCUUCCUCGUCCAUGGAUUCUCAGGGUGAUCUUUCUGCCAUUGAGAAUCAGCUAAGCACAACUAUGGAGAACAGGAUUGUCAUUGCAGAUUGUGGGGCUAUAAACUUGCUAGUUGGUCUUCUUCAUUCACCAGAUGCCAAGAUCCAAGAAAAUGCAGUGACAUCCCUCCUCAAUCUGUCCAUCAGUGAUAACAAUAAGAUUGCCAUCGUGAAUGCAUAUGCUAUUGAUCCUCUCAUCCAUGUCCUGGAAACAGGGAACCCUGAAGCUAAAGAGAAUUCAGCAGCUACUUUGUUCAGUCUCUGUAUUACUGAAGAAAACAAAGUGAGUGUUGGACGAUCUGGUGCCAUCAAGUCUCUCGUGGACUUGCUGCGAAAUGGGACCCCGCGAGGAAAAAAAGAUGCAGCCCAUGCACUGUUUAAUUUAUCCAUACUUGAUGAGAACAAGGGUCGCAUUGUGCAAGCUGAUGCGGUGAAGCACCUAGUUAAGCUUAUGGAUCCUGCUGCUGGAAUGGUCGACAAAGCUGUAGUUGUCUUGGCAAAUCUUGCUUUGAUAGCAGAAGGGAGGACUGCGAUUGGGCAGGCGCGUGGUAUUCCAGCCCUUGUUGAUGUUGUCGAACUGGGUUCGGCGAGGGGGGAGGAAAAUGCUGUUGCGGCAUUGCUUCAGCUAUGCAAAAACAACAACAGAUCUUGCAGCAUAGUUCUUCAAGAGGGCGCAGGCUCUUCUCAGCUACUUCCACAGCCAGAGACGUGGGAACUCGGGAAGGGGAUGAUAAUGAUAGUCUUACGAUAUGCAUCAAUCAUUUGCCCGGACUUCUCAAAUAGCAGAGAUGGAUACUGGCUAUGCCUGAUUCUGUGGGCUAGCAGUGUUCCAUUGGUGCUCACUGAUGAUAGAACAUAA